GUUAACACACACACACACACACACAGCGCGCGCUCUCAUUCUCUCCAGUCAUCAUCAUUCGCGCAGCGACUCCUGCAGCGGCUCAGCGGCUUCUCCCCGGGAAUGAAGGCAGCAGUCACGACGGUCGCUCCAGCCUCCUGCCGCGGGAUGACGGUGUGAAGCUCCGCACGGAUUGGAUUGGAUCGGUUCGGUUCGGAAAUCGGCUCCCGCGCAGUGGCGUCAAACAUGCAGCAGAUACCAAUCCCGGCGCUGUGCCUCGCGCUCGCUCUGGCGGCCACCAGCGUCUCCACCACGGAAGAUUUGGAGGAGGAGAUGUCUUUAGCUGAACUGGAGGACAUGUUAUUGAGGAGAUUGUUUCAUGGCUAUCAGAAGUGGGUGAGACCCGUUUUGCACUCCAACGACUCCAUCACCGUCCGCUUCGGCCUCAAGAUCUCACAGCUGGUGGACGUGGAUGAAAAGAACCAGCUUAUGACUACUAAUGUCUGGUUGUGGCAGGAGUGGACAGACUAUAAGUUGAGCUGGAACCCAGAGAAUUAUGGGGGAAUCACGUCUAUUCGAGUGCCCUCUGAGAACAUCUGGUUGCCUGACAUCGUCCUCUAUGAAAAUGCUGAUGGACGUUUCGAGGGUUCGCUGAUGACCAAAGCGAUCGUCAAAUACAAUGGUACAGUGACAUGGACGCCCCCAGCCAGCUACAAGUCUUCCUGCACCAUGGACGUCACCUUCUUCCCAUUCGACCGCCAGAACUGUUCGAUGAAGUUCGGUUCAUGGACGUACGAUGGCGCCAUGGUGGAUCUGACCCUGGUCGACCCCUACGUGGACCGCAAGGACUUUUUUGACAACGGCGAGUGGGAGAUCCUGGACGCCAGCGGGCAGCGAGGCAGCCGCCGAGAUGGCAUCUACUCGUACCCGUUCCUUACCUACUCCUUCAUUCUGAAGCGCCUGCCUUUGUUCUACACUCUUUUCCUGAUCAUUCCGUGCCUCGGCUUGUCCUUCCUCACCGUCCUGGUGUUCUAUCUUCCGUCGGAUGAAGGCGAGAAGCUCUCGCUGUCCACCUCCGUGCUCGUCUCGCUCACAGUCUUCCUCCUGGUCAUCGAGGAGAUCAUCCCGUCCUCAUCCAAGGUAAUCCCGCUGAUUGGCGAGUACCUGCUCUUCAUCAUGAUCUUCGUCACCUUCUCCAUCAUUGUUACGGUCUUUGUCAUCAACGUGCACCACCGCUCCUCGGCCACCUACCACCCAAUGGCACCGUGGGUCAGGAGGCUCUUCCUGCAGAGCUUACCCAGAAUGCUGUGCAUGCGUGGCCACACCGAUCGCUACCUCUACGCCGACAUGGAGCCGCACCGGAGUCCCGAGCUGAAACGGGGGAUGAAAAAGGGAAUGAAGAAGAUGGUGGGAGGAAAGGAGGACGAGUCCUGGGUGGCCAUGCUGGAGAAAGCCACCAGCUCAGUGCGCUACAUAUCCAGACACAUUAAGAAGGAGCACUUCAUCAGAGAGGUGGUUCAGGAUUGGAAGUUCGUGGCUCAGGUCUUGGACCGGAUCUUACUUUGGGUCUUUCUUACCGUCUCCAUUUUGGGCACCGUCCUCAUCUUCACCCCGGCUCUGAACAUGUAUUUCAGCACGGCUUCCUAAAAGCGCAUUACGAGUCCAUUUCAUGGGACACUUUCCUUAUAACCCAAUAACAAACCAGUGCUUUGACAGGAACCAGGCACCUCGUGAUGAAAUCUUUCGGGGUCAGAUGUUACUGCCAAACAACACAAACCAUUCCUCAAUCUCACCUCCAGACUUUCUUUAUCACCCAAAAUCAUCCCUACACACACACACACACACACACACACACACACACAUGCACUAAAUACACCAAAAUGAGGAAGGAGAAAAUGUGUGUUGGUUCCAACUAACAAUUAUAUGAUAUAAAAAUGUUCCUGAGAAGCUCUCAAAGCAAAUCUAUUGCUCCUCCCUUUGUAUGUCAUGAGCCAUUUUCCUUUUUUUCCCCUGUUUUUCUCUCUGAUUACACAGACGUUACAGCUGCAUUAACGUGUGUGUUCAUGUUCAUUCAUAAUGCACCCAAAUGCUCACAUGUUGAAUGACAUUAAAGACUUUUGACACCUCGA